UAUUUCUCAUUACUACAGGACAUCUUGUGAUUUCCAGAUAAUACUGAUGGAGAAUUGUACAGAAGUUACAAAGUUCAUUCUUGUAGGACUAACUGAUGCCCCAGAACUACAGGUCCCUCUCUUUAUCUUGUUUACCCUCAUCUACCUCCUCACUCUGUGUGGGAACCUGGGGAUGAUGCUGCUGAUCCUGCUGGAGUCUUGUCUCCACACUCCCAUGUACUUCUUUCUCAGUAACCUGGCUCUGGUGGACUUUGGAUACUCCUCAGCUGUCACUCCCAAGGUCAUGGCUGAGUUCCUUACAGGGGACAAGGUCAUCUCCUACAAUGCAUGUGCUGUUCAGAUGUUCUUCUUUGUAGCCUUGGCCACUGUGGAAAAUUACUUAUUGGCCUCAAUGGCCUAUGACCGCUAUGCAGCAGUGUGCAAACCCCUACACUACGCCACCACCAUGACAGCCAGUGUAUGUGCUUGUCUGGCCCUAGGCUCUUAUGUCUGUGGCUUCCUAAAUGCCUCAUUCCACAUUGGGGACAUAGUCGGUCUCUCUUUCUGUAAGUCCAAUCUGGUACAUCACUUUUUCUGUGAUGUUCCAGCAGUCAUGGCUCUGUCUCGCUCUGAUAAACACAUUAGUGAGGUGAUUCUGGUUUUUAUGUCAAGCUUUAAUAUCUUUUUUGCUCUUUUAGUUAUCUUGAUCUCCUAUCUGUUCAUAUUCAUCACCGUCUUGAAGAUGCAUUCAGCUAAGGGACACCAAAAAGCAUUGUCUACCUGUGCCUCUCACCUCACUGCAAUCUCCAUCUUCUAUGGGACAGUCAUCUUCAUGUAUUUGCAGCCCAGCUCCAGCCACUCCAUGGAUGCAGACAAAAUGGCAUCUGUGUUCUAUGCUGUGAUCAUCCCCAUGUUGAACCCUGUGGUUUAUAGCCUGAGGAACAAAGAAGUCAAGAAUGCAUUCAAGAAAGUGUUGAGAAGGCAAAAAUUUCUGUAAGCUUGGAAUUUUAACAUUGCUGUAUACAUAAAAAUGUUUCACUCAUCUCAGACCUUCC